GCUGAAAUACCUUGUAUGAAGAUGAAUGGGUUUGCUAAAGGUUAUGGAUAUACACCUGAUGAACCAUUUAAAAUGAAAGGUAAAACAUCACAUUCAUGGAACCUUGUACAGGUAGACAAUGAAUGGUGGCCUGUAGAUUGUACAUGGGGUAGUGGACAUGUUGCCAGUAACAAGAAAUUCGAACCAUUUUAUCAGGAGUUUUACUUCUUACCUGAACCGAAACACUUUAUUUUGUCUCAUUUUCCUAAAAAAUACGCGUCUAUAAAAAUGAACCAGACUUUUCAGCUAUUGUCCGAUCCGGUAACAAUCGACGAUUUCAAUAAAAGAGCCAAAGUGGAACCGGGUGCCUUGUUACAUGGGAUCAAAUUAUCACAUAAGAAC